UUGGAAACCAGGAAAAAUCCGCGAACAUAAUUCAUUCUAGUCUUGCAUCACUGACUUGAGGUCUAUACAUGAUGUACAUAGGCUAUUGUAAUUGUGAAUUUAUUUAAAGAUUCUGAAUAAUAGGGAAUGUUUACCUGUUUAUUUUAAACUCGGUUUUCCUUGACUCAUACAGUAUGACAAUGAACUAUAACACAGUCGUGAGUGUAAGUGUACGAUGGAUAUGUAAUUAAUAAAAUUCAGUGUUAAGAGAUUUGUAAUUUCAUCAAACGAAAUAGGAGUGGAUAAUUAAUCAAAAUGGCAGGAAUAUUAUUGGUAGCGGCUUUUACAGUCCAGACUCUGCAGCUAACCUCUGCUAUGUUUGUGCACGAGGCAUCGAGUGUCCUCCUGAAGCCCCCAACCAUUAUCAACUCCUCAGACUUCGGGUUCGCUAUGGCCUACAGAUCUUCACUGAAAAGUCUUGUGAUAAGUGCGCCCUCAGCGGAUUUGAUGGGCAAGGUUUAUACUUGCGAGUUGACGGACGCGGCCGAUAUGGACAGCAUCGAAUGUUACGAAAACUUUUUUUAUCUCGAGUCUCCGAAAAACUUCUCUCGAACUGUCAACCCUGACCAACAUUUUUACAUGGGAGCGACUAUACUUGCAAAUUCAGAGUAUGUUUUCACAUGUGCCCCCUUAUUGACUGCGGACGUACAGAGCAACUCCGGUUACAUGCCAGAUGUGUACGGAACCUGCUACGCGCGGCUUGACGAGCCCGAUGGAACCGAGAACCUUACCCGGUAUGAAGGGACGAUGGAGAGGUACCAGCACAAUUCAGACAGCAUCACCAAUCUAAGGUCUUUCAUUGGUGGAACCGGCUGGUCUACUUUAAUGGAUGAGGAGAACGAUCUGCUACUGAUUGUCAAGACAUCAUUAGAUGGAGACUUUGUUCACACUCCAAUGUCAAAACCACUUGGAAAGACCUCGUCAUUAGUUCUGACCUCUAUGGCUGUGGCAAAGAAACUUCAUAGGUAUUUUAACUUAGGUAUAGGUAUCACAGCUGGGAAGUUCUUCUCCGAACAAACAGUUUACGCGUUUAGCAUGGAAACAUCAGAUAUGAAGGGCGUUAUAUCUUUUCUCGAAUAUGAUUCUUCGAAUAGAAGUUUAAACGUAAUUACAAAUGGCGGAUCGAGGGAACUCUACAAAUUGGAAAAUAAGGAGGAGAUUGGGGCUAUGUUCGGAUCAGUGUUGAGUGCUGCAGAUUUGAAUAUGGAUGGAAAGCACGAACUCUUGGUCGGAGCGCCGGCACAGACGUCAGAAACUAUCGACACUGCAGAGAAAUGUGUGGAAUGUGGCGCUGUGCAUAUUUAUAUAGGCGGAGAUAAGAAUACAUUCGAACAAAGGAACAGCCUUAGAACAAUUUUGGGAAAUAAAGUUCAUAGCCGGUUUGGCUGUGCCAUAGCUGCUGGAAAUUUCGAUGGAGACAGGUUGCCAGAGCUGGUGAUAAGUGCACCAUACGAAGACGACGGUCUCGGGGCAGUAUAUAUCCUAUCGGGUUACGAGAUGUACCGUAACUUAAUUAAAUACGAGGUCUACAGACGCGUCCAGCUCUCAGACCUGAAGCGGACGCAGAGGAUUCAGAAGCAGUUAUUCAGGACUCUAGGGUAUAGCCUGCAGUUUGUUGGUGAUACUGAUGACAACGGCUGUAACGAAUUGGUCGUGGGAUCCCCGGGAAGUGCUAGAGCCCUAAUGCUCAAAUGUAUACAGACCAUAAAUAUUACGAUGACUACAAAACUAACAACAGAACAGGUUAAGGAGUCGGAUAAUCGGUUUACUGUCGAAGUGUGCGCCCGCGUCGAUCUGCAUGAGCUACCACAAGAUAUAAUUGGAAACAUAAGCGUCACAAACAGCAUUAUCGGUGAAGCUACCUACAUACCGGAUCCCACAUUCUGGAUCGAUAUCUCUUGCUACGAAUGUAACAGAAGCAGAACGUUUUGUGAAAACGCCACUGUUGUUCUUAAAGACAACGAUCCGAGGGACUACACGUUUGUGGUCGACGCAGAGCUGGGUGUAGACCAUAUGCUUCAAGAGAACAGCACAGAGUUUAACACAACGUGGGUAGUGGCGAGCCCUUACAGCCAGCUCGUGAAGAGAAUGCCGGUGUCUCGGCACUGCAAAGGAAAUGAUUGUAUUCCAAAGCUCUCGAUGCAAGUACUUUGGUCCGGUGGGGAAUCUAGGAACUACAUCCUGGGGUCUACAAACAACGAGACAAUGACAAUAGUGGUGUCGAACGCGGGCAACGCGUCGUUCGGGUCGUGCGUGUGGUUGCGCGUGCGCGGGGCGCCCGUCACGCACGUUGCUUGCAAGUCCGAGAACGAGGACUACGCCUGCUCUCUGCCGAUACCGAUGAAACGGAAUAUGGAGUACUCAAUAGAUCUAAUUGUGAACAUGACAAAACCGAUAAACUAUGAGAAGAAUAUGUCAGUUGAGGCCGUCCUGUAUGAGAACUGCAACCAGAGAAACGUAUUCAGUGAUAAAAAGAGUUUGGUUAUACCUUACGGAUACAAGACGGAUGAUGUUCAUGUUGUUGGAAUACCUCACUAUAGAAACGUGACGGACAAACAGAUAUCAAUGAGUAGCUACAUAUAUGAUAACCAGGAAUUUUUGAUAAUAAACAAUGGGUCUAUAACAUGGAAGAAUAUUACCGCCAUCUUAUCAGUGGAAAAGAAAAACUUUGUUAAUGCAUUCAGAAUAUUAGAAACGGGAAGGGAAUGCGAAGAUGCAAGCAUACACAACAUUCUUUCAUUACGCUGUAUAAUCGACCUACAGGCAAAUUCUACGCUUAAAAUCACGACGAGUAUCGAAAUUGUGAAUUCUAUGAUCAAGGACAGUUUAUACAAGGGGAAACUUAACUCUACAAAUCUGUUGAAACUGCUCCUGCAACCGUCACCGGAUUUCAAAAGUGGCAUUGUGAUUUCUGAGAUUAAAUACUUGGAGGAGCUGACGAUUGGUAACAACAAGCUGCUCAUUGCAAUUAUAGCUGCCAUUGUUGCUCUCAUUCUUCUGGCGAUAUUGACCUACGUACUGUAUAGGUACGGUUUCUUCAGAAGAGAACAGAAGAAGAGGCUGCAUGUGCUCAGAGAAAGUAGAAGGCAAAGUCAAUCUAGACGGCCUACAGUUGUAUCGGAAGCUAAAGAUGACAAUCUUGCAGGACUGCAGAUGGAGGUUUCUGAAGACAGUCCGUUCGACAACCAGGGACCGCAGCACAACGACAGCAUACAACUAGUUGAUCAGACAAGAGAAAAUCAUUAGGCAAACUAGAUCAGUUCUACCGCCUAGCCAGCGUAAAGUAAAUUUCUACUCUUAAAGCAAGAUUAUCACAAUAGGGUAUUUAAAAGAAAUCAGUUUUAUUUAAUCUCGUUAACUACAAAUUAAUGGGACACAGUGUUUUAGAAUCUCGUGUGACGUCACCUACCAAUACGCUUUUUACUAGCAAGUGAUGAUUUUAGCCCACACUACCAAACAUUAAAUUUCAUCUUCUUGAAUAGUUUUAAUUGCCCUUAAUUUUUAAUAAUGUGAUACAAUUUAAAAAAUCACUUUCUUUUAUUCUAUCUGAAGGACAGCCUAUACAGAUUUACAUUAUUAGAUUAAGUCAAAUACCCCGUGGAAACGAGACAUCUCUCUACGCAUAGCAAGCAGUCCACCGAGGCGACGUGGUGUUGUGGGGCCCUCUGGUUGGCAGUUCAUCUGCCAUAUCUCCAACAAUCAACACAUCGUUUAGACCCUUUUAAAAGAAAUGUAGUCUUAUUUCAAGUCAAUAAGGUUUUCAAUCGCUAUUUCGUAGCUAGUCGUAAGUUUUUUUUUUUAUGAUUCCUAUAUGUGGCUACCAUGUCAUUAAAUUUAAGAAGAGUUUAUUAAUAGCAUCAAUAUAGAAUAGAUUUUUUUAAUUAAUUUCAUUUUUAUAGUAAUUAGAUGUAAGAUGUCUAAGAAUUUUGCACUGCUGUUUUUCUGAUACGAGUAUUUACCGUGUACAUAAAUUAUUGAAUAAAUAAAAAAUUAUAUUCUAAAUA